AGCCGUCUGUACCGCCUGCUCAAGCCAGCGCUACUCUGCGGGGCUCUGGCUGCGCCCGGCCUGGCCAGCACCAUGUGCGCGUCCCGCGACGACUGGCGCUGUGCUCGCUCCAUGCACGAAUUCUCAGCCAAGGACAUCGACGGGCGCAUGGUUAACCUGGACAAGUACCGGGGCCACGUGUGCAUCGUCACCAAUGUGGCCUCGCAAUGAGGCAAGACUGACGUAAACUACACUCAGCUGGUCGACCUGCACGCCCGAUACGCCGAGUGUGGUUUACGGAUCCUGGCCUUCCCUUGCAACCAGUUUGGGAGGCAGGAGCCAGGGAGUAAUGCGGAGAUCAAAGAGUUCGCUGCUGGCUAUAACGUCAAAUUCGAUUUGUUCAGCAAGAUCUGUGUAAAUGGGGACGACGCCCACCCUCUGUGGAAAUGGAUGAAAGUCCAGCCCAAGGGGAGGGGCAUGCUGGGAAACGCCAUCAAAUGGAACUUCACCAAGUUCCUCAUUGAUAAGAACGGCUGUGUGGUGAAGCGGUAUGGUCCCAUGGAAGAGCCCCUGGUGAUAGAGAAGGAUCUGCCGUGCUACCUCUAGCUCCACAAGGUGCUGCCCCUACCGAAGCCUGCUGCCUGUGUUCCAAGGAGCCUUCCCCUGGUGCCUAUGAUGGUCUGUCUGAAAACCAGCCCCUGGUGGGGCAGACCUGAGAACCUGGCGUGCACUCCUGCCGGAGGAAGUUCCCUUGGCCUGGCUGCAGCUUGGCAACCCCACCCCUGGCUGCCUUGUGGGAAUAAAAUGUACAACACAGA